AUGCUGCCCUCCAAACAGUCAAGCGAAUCAACUGCCUACAAGGCCUUCCGACCCGUGACACCAGUAGAGCAGACAGCCACUGUUUGGGAGUUGGGAAAUGUUCCUAUUGCUCCCAGCUUCUACCAAGCUCACGAUGAGCAGCCAAAUAUCACAACUUUGCCUGAUCUCUGUAUCUCCAACAGAUUCAACCCAUUUUUACCAAAAUUGUCUCAAUGGCCGCCACCUCCAAAUUUCCCGUCCCCCCCAAAGCCCCGGAAACUCCUGCCAGCGUUCUCGCUGAAAGGCAAACAGUCACAGAGUCAGCGAUCUGGUUCGUCAACUCUUGAUAGCAAACCAUCAGGGGAGCUGUCCUCAGAUAUGUGGGACUUUCCGUGGGGUAUGAAAGCUGUUUCAUUGAAAAGUCUUCAUCGCAAACUCCAGAAUGCUGUGUUUUGUUAUAAUCUCUCGGAAAAGGAGGCAAUUGCGAACGAACUCGCACGUCGGGAGAAGAACAGGGAAAGUGAUUGA